ACACACUUACUGCACUGAUGUGGCCAUGGAGCCAUCAUCGCCAUCGUCAAAGCGAAGAAAGGUGGAAGGAUUGGAAGGCGUUGCUGACUCUCAAGCAGCACGGUCUGUGGAGGAUUUGGUGACGCCUUGCUAUGUGGGUUACCUCUCCAUCAUCCAGCGCAACAGCGAGCGCAUGCUGCGCCGAGCCCAGCAGUUGGGCUGUCAGUUGCGACCACAUAUGAAGACCCACAAGACCAUUCAAGGUGGCAUUUUGGCCACGGGCGGCACCAAGCGAUGCAUCACUGUGUCGACCCUGGCGGAGGCGGAGUUCUAUGCGGACGCGGGCUUUGAGGACAUUUGUUACGCCGUGCCCAUCACCUCCGAGAAAUUGCCGCGUGCUGCGCAGCUGGCCAAACGCUGUACAUUCCAUGUGUGCAUUGACCACCCUGCGGCACUGGAGGCCUUAUGUCAGUUCUCAGAAAAGGUCUGGUCGGUGUUUCUAAUGGUGGACUGCGGAUAUGGCCGUGAUGGUGUUGACCCGGCAGAUCCGCAGUCCUUCGCGAUGGCGAAAGGCUUGGCGGAGUCGCCCCAGACGCAACUGGCGGGGCUCUAUACCCAUGGAGGCCAUUCCUAUGACGCCCAGGACAAGGAAGCCGUUCAACGGAUCGCCUUGGAAGAAUGUGAGGCUGUGGCCAAGUUCGCUGCUGCACUGAGGGCAGAGCCUUGGAAACUUCAGGUGCCAGUGGUGGGUGUGGGUUCCACCCCCACCUGCUCCAAUCCUCCAACAGCGCUGCCGGGGGUGACAGAGAUGCAUCCGGGGAACUACAUCUACUACGACACCAUGCAGCAGGCGUUGGGCUCCUGUAGUGAAAAGGACAUUGCGGUGCGGGUCUUGAUGCGCGUCAUCGGGGCAUAUCCCAAGAAGAAUCUGCUGCUGGUGGACAUGGGCUGGACAGCCUGCAGCAAGCAGGGCGAAGCGUCGAACUUCGGACGGAUCGAAGGCUAUCCGCAGCUGAAGGUGGUGAACCUGAAACAGGAGGCCGGGCUGAUCAGUUCUUGCGAUGGAAGUCCCUUGAACUUCAACGACUUUCCUCUAGGGACGCUGCUGCGCCUGGAGCCUUACCAUUCCUGUGCACAUACCAAGCAACACGAUCGGAUCCACAUCUUGGAUGAGGAUCGUCGGACGGUCUUAGAGACCUGGCCCAUUUGCCGCGGCUGGUGAUGGAAAAACCAGGGAAUUUG